AUGGGGAAAAAAAUUAAAAAUUUGACUAAAAAAGAGGCCGGUGAAGUUUGGGAAUUCCAAAGCAAGUAUUCUGAAAAUUCAAUAAGACAAGUAUUUUUUUCCUACAAUAAAAUUUUGGAUGACCAAUUAAGAAUAGUAAUUCAGACAAAUGAAACGUCAUCAAUAGAGAUAUUACAGUUCUCUGAUCAGAAACUAUAUAGCAGAACAUGGUGUCCACAAGAAAAUAGAAUAGGAGAAGAAUUUGAUUUUAUGCAGAUAUCAUCAUGUUUAUACUCAAAAGAUUAUGCAUGCAUAGGGUUUUCAAAUGGAAGUGUAAGGUUAUAUAACUUUCCAAAAACUGAAUUAUUAGAAAGUAAUCAAUUAAAACAAGAAAAUAGCAAUGAUCAAAUUGAUGACCAUUAUUAUAAUACAAUGUUUGGUGAUUCACAAGAAAUUGAAGAAGAUAAAGAGAGUAAUACAUUCUGGUUAGAUGAUCCAUCAUUAAAGAACUUACCUUCAAGAUUGUUAAUGAAACAUAUGGGAUAUCCAAUAUGCAUUAAAGAAAGAAAUGGAAUAAUUUUCGUUCUUUAUGAUGAUGGAGCCUUGAUGAGCACUACAGUUGAGUCAAGUAUGGGAUAUAAUGUGAUAAGAUAUGAUGGAACUUUUCAGGGUGGCAUCAACUUUUCAUUGAAUCCAAAAGGAGAUAAGAUAGCAGUUUCUACAAUUAAUCGAAAAUUAAUAGUAUCAAGUUUGGAAGUUAAAGAGUUAAAUGAAAAGAAUGAUGAUGGUAUAAGAAGUUGUAAAUUGUUAUUUGAAUCUCAAAUUUUUAAAAAGUCUUUGUUUCAAAAAAGUAAAAAGUCAGGGAAUCCAUAUAAUUGUUUAGUUUUGGAAUGGAGUAGUUGUGGUGAAUAUAUAUAUUUACCAGGAGAAGCUGAAGUUAGGAUAUUACCAAUCAAUGAAAACCCAAAAGAAAUCAAGUACUUUAUUUCGGAGGUUGGAAUGAGGAAUUAUGGAUUAGAUAUAUGCAUAAUAAAGGAAAUUGAAUAUAAUCAAGAUAAGAGAAUAUUAGUAUCUUUAUCUAUUGAAGGAGAAGUAAGAGUAUAUAUACUUGGAUUGGGAAUGAGUGAUAUUAGGGAAGUAAAUACAUUUAUGUUGAAGAAUAAGAGUAUGAAGGAAUUAUAUCCAGUAUCUUUGGAUUUAUUUUUGAAGAGGAGUGGAGACUCAAUUAAUAACGAGGAAUUUGAUAAGAAACAAGAAAAUAAGCAAGAUUUUUUGUAUAUUUCAUCAGUACUGAAUUCUGGAGAAUUAAUAUUGAAUAAGUUUCAGUUAGAUUUUGAAACUUACAAUAUAAUAAAUGUGAUUGAGAACAAAAACACUGGUAUUGAAAAUUAUGAUAGUAUUGGUGAAAAGACAUAUACUUUUAGUGAAUCAAGUAAUUCAAAAAGAUUUGAUGAUAAAGAUCUGGAUAAGAGUUUUGAUGAAAAUUUGCUUUGGGAUGAUGUAGAAGUUGAUGAAGGAGAUAUAAAAGAAAAAAGUGAUUUAAUUAAGGUUAAAAAAACUAAGAGCGGAAAUUUGGAAGAUAAUUAUAAAGAAAAUAGAGAAAAACAACGUAGAUCUGGACUUAGGAAAGUUGGAAAUGAGAAAGAGAUGGUUGAAGAGGAUAUAUUUGAAGAAGAUUUGGAUGAAUUUGAGCACUCUAUGAAUGAUCUAGAUGGAGAUCAAAGAAUUAAGGAAAUGGAUAAUUCUGAUGGACAAAUAGAAGAUGAAGAUCUGGACUUUGAAGAAGAAGAAGAUGAAUAUGAGUAUGAGAGUUGGGAUAAGAGGGAAUUUGGAAGACAUAUUGAACAUUUGAAGGUUAAAAUCGAGAAACUAAAAUCAAUGAUAAAUAAUGGUAAUGAGAGUCAACCUCCAGUACAUCCUGGAUAUACUGGUGACAACGAGAUACUGGAUUCACUAAAUGAAGAAAAUAGAGAGUUUUUGUAUUGUUGGAACCAGUCAGGAUAUAUAUCUUAUUCUAUAGAUGAAGAAGGAAGGCCUUCAAUAGAUAUGGAAUGCUAUAAUUCAAUGGAUGGACCAAAAAAAUUACGAGUAUAUGAUACAAAAGGGUAUAAUAUGGCAUGUAUAGGUAUGGAUGGGUAUUUAUUGGGAAGAAAGUCUAAAGUAUUGGAAAAUGGGACAGUUGUUCCAUCUAUAAUAGAUUACAAUAUUUGGAGAACAUGGGGAAGGAGUGAUAAAUCAGGUUGGUCAAAAACUUUACUAAAUGGCGAGGAUUUGAUAAGUAUGACGUGUAGCCGUGAUUUUGUAGCAGUAAUGACAUCAUUGAGGUACUUGAGAAUAUGGAGAAACAGUGGUAUCAAUGUUUCGGUAACAAAACUAGUUGGAUCUCCUGUUUGUUGUGUAUCAAAUGAAAGUUAUUUGUUAGUAGUAACACAAAGAGAGCCAUUUUAUGUUCCAAAAAAUAAAUUAAGAAUAGGAGGUAAUAUACAAGAAGGGAUAAUAUCAGGAAGAUGUAAUACAUAUGAAAUAUUAUUUUUAGAUGUUGGCCAAGAAACAUUAAUAUAUAGUGAUAUAAUGUCAAUAUCUCCAGAAACUAUAAUAAAAUGGUGUGGAAUAUCCAAUAAGGGAGUGCCAAUAAUACAAGAUACUUCAGGUCAGACAUUUAUGUUAUCAAGACAAUGGAAGAACCAAAAAGAGAAUUGGGUUCCAAUAACUAAUUUUGGUUUAUUAGAAUCAAGUACGAGUUGUAAAUACUUUAUUUUGGGAAUAAACGAGGAUCAUUUUAAUGUAUUAAAAUUACCAGACGGAUUAGAUAAUCCUAUACCAAUAAUGGCAAAAAAUAAUUCAAAUCAGAAUUAUUCAACAAUUAAGAUACCUUUUAAUAUACCAAUUUUAGGAUUACCUUCAAUAAGGCAGUGGAUGAAUAUAAUAGAGAAUGAUCCAACUUUGAAUGAAUGUAUUACAAAUAAUAAUAUUUCUUGGGAGAUUAUUGAUGAGUUAAGAAUAAAAUUAGACUUAAUGCAAGGGAAUAUUUCAAUUUUGGAUGAAUUUUCAUGUCAUAAAGACUCAAAUCAAUAUAAGCAGUAUAAGUUACAACGUGAGAAAUUACUUAUGAGAUUGUACAUGAAAUUGGUGAUAAAACAAUUAGUAGAGCCAGCAUUUGAUGUAGUUAGAAUGUUUAAUUUUCCAAAAAGCUUUCAAAUAGCUUUAGAACAAGCAGAAAAGAGUGGUGAGCGUAUAUUAGCUAAUAAGAUUAGUCAGGAGAUACAAAUGAGAUCCAAAUAUGAACAAGAGAAAUCAGAAAAAACUUGUAAAAUAGAUACUAAUAAAGGAUUUGGUAAGACAACAGGAAUAAGUAGUUCAGCAUCAGAAGAGGAAAAUACAACAACAAAAGCUAAAAACAAAUCAAACAUAGAGAAUAUUAAUAUAAAUGAUGAGAAGAAUAAAGUUUCAACUAUCUCACAAAUAGGUUCUCCUUCUAAAUCCACUCCAUCUUCUUACACUAUUAGUAACACAACUUCUGCGACAAAUUCUUCUGUGAAUACAAUAUCAUCAUUUAAGAUGAAUAACCCAUUUAAUACAAAGACAAAAACUGGGGUUGAAAAAUCGUCAUUAAAGAAUUUGUCCAAAGAAACAAAUAACGAAAGUCAGCAUGAUGAGAUAAGUCAAACAAUUCAAUACUGUUCUGAUAUCAUCAAAAAGAGAAAAAUGUGA